AUGAUUGACCAUGUGCUGGGGCGACCGUCUGUCAAGUCGCGCAGAUUGCAGGUCCUCGUGGUCCUGGGGAUCUGGACGGCCUAUGUGUUCAAGGGGAAUAAACAUGGUCCACCCCUAGUCCGCGUGUUGUCGCGGGCGCUCUCGAAGCGGCUCACGGCAUGGCAGGCCGUCGUUAUCACCAUGAUCUACCUUUACGCCGCGCGUAACUUCAGCACCCUCGUCGGCCUCGCGAGCCCCGAUCCUCUCAGUAACAUGUACGAGGCCGACUACUUCCGCGCCACGUGGAUGCUCACGGCACUCGAUGCGGGCUUCUGGACGGCCAUGAAGAUCCGGAACAAGCCGCUGCGAGACCUGGCGAGCAUGGUGUUUUCUUGUUUCUACAUGAUCGCCGCUGAGCAGGCCGACGAGAAGGUGCGUAAGGUGCGCAGCAACAUCAACAUCGACCACAUGCGCGUCAGUUGGAACAAGGGCAGCGAGUCGCCCUAUCUGCGGUUUUUCCAGGGCUUGCUCCGCCGUCAAUACACGAAGUGGCCUCCGCGUCAGAUCCGUAUUCCGCGCCCGUCCGCGAGCGAUUACCGAGAGCCGGUUAUGGGGUGGUUGUACUUUGACGGGCCGCUCUCGCAGCUUAAGGACCACACACAAAUUAUUCUUGAUAUCCCCGGAGGCGGCUUCGUGGCCAUGGACCCGCGGUGCAAUGACGACAAGCUGCUGGCCUGGGCCGGCAGGACCAAGCGACCCGUGUUGAGCCUGGACUACAAGAAGGCGCCGGAGUAUCCGUAUCCUUACGCGCUUAACGAGUGCUACGAUGUGUACACCACCAUCAUUAAGACGCGUGGUCGGUGCAUCGGCCUAUCCGGUGAAGUGGUCCCCAAGGUUGUCAUUACGGGUGACAGCGCAGGCGGGACGUUGGCCACGUCGACGACGCUGAUGAUCAUCGAGAGCGGCUCGUCGCCGGUGCGCCGUUUCCAGGGCCAGACGGAGCUUCCAGUCCCUGACGGCUUGAUCCUGUUCUACCCAGCGCUUGACAUGAACAUUGGUAGUUGGAUGUCUGACGAGCAGAUGAGUUUGAUCAAGGACCGCAGCAUGAGGGCGACGAAUAAGAGUAUUGUCCGUCGCAAGCGUUCGCAAUACGAUAACCUCGUCGGGACACCAUAUGGGUCCGACGAUGAAGCUGAUGGGGAGGACGACAGCGCCGCGUCGUCAUCCAAAGCCCGCUGUCAGCCACGCAAAGAGAGCGCCGACGGAAAGAGCCAGGAGUUUCAGGACGCCGCCCUUUUGAGUCCGACACACCAGCACAUCCAUAGCCCGGCACCCGAGUAUGCGAACCUGGGACCAACCACCUGGAGCCAAGUCCAGCCGGCGCCCCCAUCCCCCUUGGCUACAAGAGCCCCCACCAACAGCACUGCACCGGCGGGCACAGCGGCGGCAGCCACGACAGACACCAACCUCCCACUACAACCUGGGGCUUCGCACCGCCCUGAGCCGAUGCACACUCGUCUCGCUAUAUCCUCCAUGAUCUCGUACUUCAACGACCGCGUAUUGACCCCCGAGAUGAUGCGCGCCAUGAUCAUCCUUUACGUCGGACGGCACAACCAGCCCGACUUUUCCCAGGACUACCUCCUCUCGCCCAUCCUGGCGCCAGACGUUUUACUGUCGAAAUUCCCAAAAACCUACUUCCUCACUGGCGAGCGUGACCCCCUCGUCGACGACACCGUUAUUUUGGCCGGUCGUCUACGGCGGGUUAAGGCCGCGGUGAUGGCCAGCGGCGGGCAGCGCCUCGAGUACCGCGAUAGCGAUGCCAUGACGGAGGGGUAUGAUAUGAAAGCCGUGGCCGAGGUGGUGCUGUUACCUGGAGUUAGUCAUGGGUUUUUGCAGUUCCCAACCGUGUACAAACCAGCGUGGCAACUGUUCGAGCAGUCUGCCGAGUGGGCGGUGGAUUUGUUUAACGACGCGGAGAGGAAAGAGUCGGACCGGGUGUGGGCGACUCGGGGGCGGCAGAUGGGGAGAUUGAGCGAUUUGAUCCCGGGUAGUGGCGUGAAUGGGAAUGGUGGGGGGGAUGAUGAGGGUGUUGAGCAAAACCUGACGGGGGCCACCGCCAGGUAUCAUUUCCGGCACGAGUCAAGUGGAGAUGAAGGCCAGUUUUUGGAGAUGGGAAUGAGCAAGCUCAAGGGCGCUAGUGACAGCGGGAAAGGAAAGGAGGUAGCAUCUUUCAGUGGUGCGAUACCCACAUCAGCAUCAGGGACCGGCCCAUCUGAGAGCGCCAAGAACCUCAACAACGACGCUGAUGGCGAUAACGGCGAUGCCACCCCCUACGAAGCACCACAGCCCAGGCCCAGUUCCUCCACUACAAGUAGAAGCAAGAAGCAGAAAGGGGGUAAAGGAAAGCGGGCGCGGUACAAGGAUGAUGUGCAAAAGGGUGAUGGUAGCAAGAAGGUGGACGGGAAUACUUCGUCUCUGGUAAAGCUAGCGAGUACCGAUGACUUGCUGGGGAGACGGAUGCAUGGGCUUGCGGGGGGUUUGACGGGGUUAAGGGAUGAUGAGUGA